AAACAUCUUACCAGCUGUCAGUGCAGUGCAAAAGGGAUUCUAUUUUGCUUUUAGGGCAAAACUUUCUUACUCAUUGUUUUACGUGCACUCCGGAUUGACUCCCACCGCCCAUUCGGUUCCAGGAAAGCCUUUUGCUUUGUGUGUGUGUGUGCCAACGGUGUCCGAUAGGAUAAAAAAAAGCAAAACAGGCAACUCGCCCUAUCAGAUGACCAUAGGAGUUGGCCACUGUAAAACGGAGGACGAUGGUUGAUUCGCACGAUCCGGAGUCGGCAGAGUCCUGCAGCCUGACCGAGGACGAUGUGGAACCGAAGCUGAAGUACGUUCGCCUCUCGAACGACAUCAAGAACAUACUCAGCGAGGAAGCGAUCAGUUGCAUUGCGGUACAUCCGCGGUUUCUCUGCCUAGGAACACACUGGGGCCGGAUACAUAUGCUGGACCAUCAGGGCAACUGUGUGCACACGGUCAUCAACCGGAAGGAGAAUGCACACAUCCUGUCCGUGAACCGCAUUUCCGUCGACAGUCGGGGCGAACAGAUCGCGACCUGCUCGGACGAUGGGAAGGUUAUCAUUAGCGGUUUGUACACGGACGAAAACAAUCAGGUGCUUUCGACGGGCAAAAUUAUCAAGGCGGUCGAGCUGGACCCGAACCACAAUCGGUCCGGAUCGGGCAAAAGAUUCAUCAUAGGCGAUAACAAAUUGGUAAUGUACGAGAAAACGUUCCUGAAGGGCUUAAAGUCAACCAUCCUGAGCGACUCGGAGGGUCAGGUGACGGCGAUCAAAUGGAACGGACAGUUUGUCGCGUGGGCUAGCUCGCUUGGCAUUCACGUGUACGAUCUGAACGAAAAAUGCUCACUAGGAUUCAUCCAAUGGGAAGAGCCGAAAGAAGGAAAACUAACCGACUACCGAUGCAAUCUAAACUGGUCCAACGCAACGACGCUGCUGAUCGGAUGGGUCGACACGGUGCGAAUAUGUGUGAUACGAAAGCGAAACGCCGUCGAAGUGUCCACCAGAAACCUUCCCGUGCACAUCGUCGAUCCGAUGUCCACAUUCCAGACGGACUUUUUCAUCUGUGGCAUCGCGCCGCUGGAAACGAACCAGCUGGUCGUGCUGGGUUAUGCGAAGGAGCGCGACUCCGAAACGAACAAAGCCCUGCGGCCGAUCCUGUGCGUGCUGCAGUACAAUGCGAGUGAUUACAUUGAAAUUUGCACCGACAGCUUAUCGAUGCGAGGCUACGAGGAGUACAAGUGUGACGACUAUCAUCUGGACUGUCUGAUCGACGAAAACCAGUAUUUUAUCGUGUCGCCAAAGGAUGUCGUGGUGGCCAACCUGUACGAAACGGACGAUCGUGUCCAGUGGUUGAUAGAGCACGGCAAAUUCGAACAAGCGAUGGAUGUGAUAGCAACGCACGGUGGCAAAUACUCGCUAAUUACCGUCGCCCGGCUCUACCUGGACCAUCUGCUUUCCCUGCAGCACUUUGACGAGGCGGCCCGGCUCUGCCAGCGCGUGUUCGGCACCGACAAGCAGCUGUGGGAGGAGGAGGUGUACAAGUUCGUGAAGGUGAAGCAACUGCGCUCCGUCAGCAGCUACAUUCCCAUCACGGACGCGUGCAAGCUGAACCCGCACGUGUACGAGAUGGUGCUGUACGAGUAUCUGCAGCUCGAUCCGAGCGGGUUCCUGCAGCUGGUAAAGGAUUGGCCGCCGCGCCUGUACAACACGAAAGCGGUAAUCAACGCCGUGAACGACCAUUUCAACAAGAAGGAUGCAAACAUUCUGCUCGAAGCGCUGGCGAUACUGUACACGCACGAGAAGGAGUUUGACCGUGCACUGACCAUGUAUCUGAAAUUGCAGCACAAGGACGUGUUCGAGCUGAUCACCACGUACGAGCUGUACGGUAUGGUGAAGGAUUGCAUCGUGCAGCUGAUCGAGCUGGACAGUGAGCGGGCGAUCGCGAUGCUGCUGAAGGACAAAAUCCCGGCCGAGGAUGUGGUGCGCGAGCUGGAACACUGCGAGCAGUACCUGUACCGCUACCUGGACGCGUACGACAAGGUAACCAGCAACGAAAAGUUCCACUGGCGGCUGGUGAACCUGUACGCGCGGUACGAGCCGGAAAAGCUGCUCUCGUUUCUGAAGCGCUCGAACAGCUACCCCAUCCAGGAGGCGUACGACAUCUGCCAGGGGCUCAAGUUUUACCCGGAGAUGGUGUAUCUGCUCGACAAGAUGGGCAGCACGCGGGAGGCCCUGAACAUCAUCAUGCACAACCUGCAGGACGUGCCGAUGGCGAUCGACUUUUGCAAAGAGCACGACGACAUGGACCUGUGGAACGAUCUGAUCAACGAGUCGGUCGACAAGCCGCACGUGAUGACGAAGCUGCUGAACAGUAUUGCCGGGUUUAUCAAUCCGGAGCUGCUGGUGGACAAGAUCAAGCCCGGCCAGGACAUCGAGGGGCUGAAGGAGUCGAUCAUCAAGAUGCUGUGCGGGUACAGCCUGCAGGUGUCGAUACAGGAGGGCUGCAACCAGAUACUGGGCGCGGACUACUUCGACAUGCACGAGCGGUUGGUGCGGGUGCAGCAGGGUGCGCUGUGCGUGACGCCCGACCACGUGUGUGGCGUGUGCCGGCGGGAUAUUAUCGUGAAGGAUAACAUGAAAACGGACAUCGUGAUGUUUAACUGUAGGCACUACUUCCACGAGCCCUGCCUGCUGGACAAAUACAAUCUGGACAUUUGCAUAGUUUGUAACACGAAAAAGCUAGGAAGCACCGGGACAUUUUAGGGGAUCUGGUUUUUGUUUUUGGGGGGGAAUUUCGUGUCUGCAUGCGCGAGUGUAUGAUUUAUGUGCCUACUAGCGAGGAGGGAACAAUUGGAGCAGAAAGUUUGCAAACGACACAUUAUCACAGUUUCCAACAGGGUGUUUUCCACUUUACAUUGUACUCGAAUUUUAUCUUUUGUUCUCCACCGCUUUUUUCCCAUUUCGCUCAAAUUAUAGGGCCUUGGAAAAUUUGUUUUGUUUUUAUGAUUUAUGUUCGAAACCAAAAAAGAAAAAGAAAAGAGAAGCAUGAUGUGUACAGAAUAAUUUCAAACCUUAGUAUAAUCAUUAAUUCCAACAUAUUGUCGCUAUCGUACUGCUGCUAAACAAAAAAAAAAUGGGGGGAUGAACGGUGUGCCAGAAUGUAAUACAAAUUUGCAAAAGCACCAUAAAGACGAAAAAGCUAUAUAACAAAA